UUUUUUUUUCUUCGUAAUUUGACCUUCCUAAGGGUGUUGCCGUAAUUUAUCCAAUAAUUUAUCCUACAAUACAUCUCAGCACAAUCUAUAAAUCAAAAUAAGAAAGUUGUUCGUAUAAGAGUUACUAUGAUGAUCAUUUAAGAGCUUAUUAAUUGUUUUUGAAGAGCAUAUAAAACCUCAAUUUACUAGUUUCAGUGAAACAGCAGAGAGAGGUAGGAAGACACACUAGGGUCAUAGGCGCACACUAAAUUGAGGUUAAUUGGAUCUCCGGCGGCGGCGAUUUUAUGUGACCACUCUUCCGGCGUCUCUUUUUUGUUUCUUUGGCACGUGAUUUCAUAGAAAUUGAGCUACUGUAUCACCCUGAGGCAAGCAUGUAAAGAACUCCUUUUGGAGCACCACCUGUUUGAUGAAAUGCCGCACUCGGAAAUUUCCUCGAACUUCUAGCCCUUAGGGAUCUCUGCGACUUUCUCCUUGUGGAAAUGGCGUUUGCACUCCUCAGAAGGGUCGCCUUCUCGAGAUCAUUAACGCAUUCUCUCACAUCGUCGCAAUGUACUAAAUUCUCCACUUCGAGAGCACCGGCUUUUCUCGAACACGAUACGGGAAAUUCUGCUACCGACAAGCUUCAUUUAUCUCCGUUGUUCUCGGAGAAUGUUAAGUAUGAUAUGAAAGACUGCAAAAUCGAACUCGUGGAUGAUGCCACCUGGCAUGUCUCCUCAGGUUUAGCCGAUGCUUGGAGAUUCAAUAAUGAAGAAAAAGCAUCGAAGACGAACCCCGUUUACAGAGACCGUCGAGAGUGUAACGGGGAUGAAAAUAAUCGGGUGGUUGGUUGUGUCAAUUCAAAUAAAGAAGACCCCGAUUUUGACGAGAUUGAAGAUAUGAGGAUUCGCGGGAAGUUGUUCUAUAAGCUUGACAAGGAUUCAAAAGAGUAUCAAGAAUAUAAAUUCGAAUACCACGGAAGGAGAUUGGGAAGGAAACAAAAAGAUAAAAAAGAAAUCGUAAAAGAGAGCAAGAAGAAAGCAACCAAGGUUGACGUAACACCAAAAAUGGAGCCACAAAAAGAAAUCAAGAAGAUCAAAGAAACGAGUAAGAGUUUAAUUCCCCGAUUUCACGAAGUGGGAGAUUCUUGCGUCGAAAAGAAGCAAAGAAGUCUGACUUUCAAUCAAAAAACGGCCCCUUAUCACAUGCCGUUCUGUUUGGAUAUAUACGUGUCGAAGGGCUCCGCGCGUGCUAGUAUAAUUCAUCGAGCCACGAGUAAUGUAGUGGCGGUUUCGCAUUCGAUUUCAAAGGACAUGAAAUUCGAUUUGGGUUCGACUAAGAAUAGGAGUGCUUGUGCUGCUGUGGGGAAAGUGUUGGCUCAGAGGGCUUUGGCGGAUGAUAUACACAACGUCGUGUACACACCGAGAAAAGGGGAUAAAUUGGAGGGGAAGAUUAAGAUUGUGGUGAAGUCGAUUGUGGAUGGUGGAGUUGAUGUGAAGGUGAUACUUAAGCAGAAGAAACCGAGAAAUACAAGAAACCCUCCUGUGAGAAUUCGAGAUCACCGUUGAGUAGAAUGGCUAUUGAUCGAAUAAGUGCAAUUGAUAAAUCGUUUUUAUAAAUGAUGAUCGGAAUUUUGGUACGUUGAAAAUUUGUUCCGUUUACCUAGCCGAGCUAUUCGAUACCGGCAUCAAUUUCGUGUAAGUCAUUUUUUUUUUACCGAACACCAAACGGAAUUUUCGAUUCGGUAUUUGGCACGUAUCGGAUUUUCGGUACUUGUCUAAAUUAAAUAGAUUCUAUUUUUAUCAUUGGAGAUAGAGAUUUUGCAUCUGUUUCUAAAUCUACUCGUGGAAAAGGUAUCAGAAAUAAUACUCAAAAGAUCCAAAAAAUUAAAUUGGGCAGACCAAAGAGAGAGAACCGAAAACAAAAA